AUGUCGUCCCCACCGCCUCUCACCACCCCGUUGACAAAGUUGCUGGGUAUCAAAUACCCAAUCAUGCUCGCUGGCAUGGCUCGUACCUCAGGCGGUCCGCUCGCCGCAGCAGUGUCCAACGCCGGUGGCAUAGGCACGAUAGGUGGACUAGGGUAUACACCAAAGCAGCUACAAGAGAUCAUAGACGAACUGAAAUCCAACCUGAGCGAUCCCUCGCUCCCAUUCGGCGUGGACCUGGCACUUCCCCAGGUAGGUGGUAAUGCCCGCAAGACGAACCACGACUACACACACGGCCAACUCGACGAGCUGAUCGAAGUGACCAUCCGUAACGGCGCAAAGAUCUUCGUGUCUGCGGUCGGCGUCCCGCCCGCCAGGACGAUCAAACGCCUCCACGAAGCCGGAAUCCUGGUUAUGAACAUGGUCGGUGCGCCGAAGCACGCCGAGAAGGCUCUCAAGGCGGGCGUGGACAUCGUCUGCGCGCAGGGUACCGAGGGCGGCGGUCACACCGGCGACAUCGCCAACAGCAUCCUCAUCCCCGCGGUGUGCGAUGUCGCGAAGAGAUACAAGUCGCCCCUGACGGGAGAGCCAGCGCUCGUGGUGGCCGCCGGUGGAAUCUACGACGGGCGCAGUCUGGCGAGCAGUCUGAUGCAAGGCGCCGUCGGAGUUUGGGUCGGCACGAGGUUCGUCGCGGCCGAAGAGAGUGGCGCGAGCAGAUUGCACAAGGAGGCGGUGGUGAGUGCCGAUUUCACAGACACCCUGCGCACGCUGGUCGUGAGUGGGCGGCCCCUGCGGUGUAGGAUGAACGAGUACGUGAAGAAGUGGGAAGAUCAGCCUGAGCGAAUCCGGGACUUGACAGAAAAGGGCAUCGUACCCAUGCAGUACGACCUGGAACAAGAGAAUGAGAUUGACAUGCCGUUCCUAAUGGGGCAGGUCGCGGCCAUCAUCAAGGACGUCAAGCCGGCCAGGGCGAUCGUCGAGGAAAUGGUCUCUCAGGCCGAAGACAUGCUGAGGUUAGGAAGCUCAUAUAUCGGGGGUCCGCGAAGUAGACUAUAG